AUGGCAUCAUCCGUGCGUCGUUCUAGUGCGGUUGAUUGUCAUCCGUCAGAUGAUAGCGAAAGUGAUGAGGAUGUUGACUUCGAUUUUGAUUCUUCAAGUGAAGAAGAUAGUGACGACAGUCUCAACGACAGCGAGUCAGAUGACGAAGAAAGUAUCGAUGAGAUGAUCGCCAGCUCCCGUGCGUGGUGUCGCAUAGACCUCAGCAAUAUUCCAGCGAGACCUCCACGGUUUCAAUUCAAGGGUUCAUCGGGACUGACGUUCACAGUAAGCUCACCCCCACAGCCACUAGAGCUUUAUGAGGCUUACUUCGAUGAUGAACUGUUUGAUGUUAUUGUAGCUGAGACAAACAGGUACGCAUCUCAGUUGCUGAAUUCAAGGAACCUGGGCAAGCAUUCUCGCUUCCGAAAAUGGUUCCCUGUUACGCGUGAAGAGUUGCGUGUUUGUUUUAGCCUCUUGAUGCUGCAGGGCAUUGUAAAGAAACCAAACGAAAGGCUGUACUGGUCGAAAAGCCGCCUGAUUGAGACCCCUGCCUUUGGUGAGAUAAUGCCUGGGAACCGCUUCCAGCUCGUCAUGAGAAUGCUGAACUUCGUUGACAACACGACCAUCCAGAACUUGGAAGGACACCCCCAACAUCUGCUCCGAAAAAUCUGGCCAGUGUAUCAGGAGCUUGUGAAGAAGUACCGUACAUUGUACGUGCCUGAGCGCGACAUAAGUGUCGACAAAAGCUUGUUGCUUUUCAAGGGACGGCUCAGUUGGAAACAGUACAUGCCUCUAAAAAGAGCAAGGUUCGGCAUCAAGUCAUUCCUGCUGUGCGAGUCGGAAAGCGGAUCUAUAUGGAACUCUAUAAUAUAUACGGGAAAAGGCACCGACCUGGAGACCUCGUCAGUAGCAACGGAAAGCUUCGGAAUGGCAACAAAAGUUGUAGUGAAGCUUGUGGAGCCUCUCUUGGACAAGGGCUACUGCAUCACUACAGAUAACUUUUACACGUCCCCAGAACUUGUUGGCUUCCUGCUCAAAAGAUCAACCGAUGUUUAUGGCACAACACGAGUGACACGCAUGAAUCUUCCUCCUGGCCUAGCCACCACAAAGCUCAAGAAAGGCGAUAUGCUGGCCUUUCAAAGGGGCAAGUGUUUGCUGAUACAGUGGAAGGACAAAAAGCUGGGGCAACCAGCUCAUAAAGCCUGA